UAUAGCACACUGCAUACCACGUUAUAUCAAACUCCACGAAACUACUUAGCGCACUACAUACUGUGUGAAACCUCCUACUAUAUAUCACGCUAAAUACCACAUUGCCAUACAAUAUUAUAUACCAUACACUAUACAUCGUAAAUAUAAUACAGAAUCUACAUCAAUUAUCACACCGAGAGAAGGUAAUUAAGUGAUCACCACAUCAAACUAUGACGAUGACCACCAGACAGAAGGAACGUUCAGAUCAAACUUCCCAUAAGGUGAUUGAAAAAAGACGACGUGAUAGGAUUAACAACUGCUUGGCUGAACUUAGUCAAACAGUCCCCGCAGCUUUUGCCAAACAGUUAAUAACUUGUAAUACCAUUCAUUAUAAAAGUGACUGGUUCACGUCUGACGUUUGGGCUGACUUCAUGCAUCACUACCAAGUUGGUUACAAUGAAUGUAUGCAGGAGGUGGUUCGUUACAUGACUGAUGUGGAGGGCAUUGACACAAACGACAGUCGCUGUAUACGUAUCAUGUCUUACCUUCAGACCAGAUUCAGACCUGACGCUUCUAUUAAUACUGGUAAUGUCUAUCGAGACACGAUCAGUCGAGUCGCUUCACAAGUUACACGCAUGCAGUACGGAGCUGGUUCGAAUCUGACCUGUACCACUGGAACCUCCAUUCGAAGCCUUCAUCGAUAUAACCCAUAUGUAGCUCAGGGCUCCCAUGGCACUUCCUACUUGAAUGUCCCAUCGCCAACUGCUGUGGUAAAUCCAGUUACAUCGUGUCCUAGUCGAAUUAACAACAACUCUACUAACUGUACCAAUGCCACGUUUUUCGGUCGUAACUCGCAUAUGAACCCCACAGCAUUUCCUCUACAGAACACACACGCGCACAAACCGUUGCUGACUACAGCUUUGUCAAACAGUACGAAUCUACCUAGUUUCCUGUUUACCACCAACAACAAUGAGGUGAUACCAACAAUAACAGACCCAGGCAAGCUACCAACAGCCACAGUAGCAAUAUCAGAAAGACAACCACAGAUGUUGACCAAACAUUCAAUGCGAUCGCCAGCGGCAAUAACGUCCAAGAUGUAAAGAAUGAGUCAAUGAAAUUCUGAAACUUACACACACACACACACACACACACACACACACACACACACAC